CUCUGCUGGUGGAUGGCCCGGGGGGAGUCCCGAGAAUGACACGCUGCAGGUCCUCGUCUCGACCUCUACUCCUCUGAGAGCGCCUCCGUGACCCGGAGAGCCGGUGGUUGCUGGGAGGGCUGCGGGGACACAGGUACCAUUCGGGAGGCGAGCUGGCAGGGCACUUUUGCCCCUGGGCAAGCCCGCAGACACUGGCCCCAGGACCUUAGACGGGUCUUCGUUCCGUCGACUCUUCUCGGCCUUCCUUGAUACUGUCGGCGCCCUCUACCCGGGACUUCUCUCCUCACGUCGGCUCCCCGCCCCUCUAGGGAGCCUAGGUGUCCCUGGGAUCCACCCCGUCCCUCUUGGGACCCUUCUCCCUUCACACCCUUCCCCCACCCUGGAGGCCCGGCUGGACGCGACCCAGAUCUGCCACCGCCCGCUUCUGCCACUCAAUGGAGGACAGUCUGCUGGAGAUCAUGACCAAGGACGGCGGCGACAUGCCGGCACCUCUGGAGGUGUCCACGGUGCCAGCCGUGGGGGACGUGAUCUCUGGGGAGUAUAACGGCGGCAUGAAGGAACUGAUGGAGCACCUAAAGGCCCAGCUUCAGGCCCUGUUUGAGGACGUGAGAGCCAUGCGAGGGGCGCUGGACGAGCAGGCCUCGCACAUCCAGGUUCUGUCGGACGACGUGUGCGCCAAUCAGCGGGCCAUAGUCUCCAUGUGCCAGAUUAUGACCACCGCGCCCCGUCAGGGAGGCUUGGGCGUGGCCGGCGGCAAGGGGAGCUUCCCGAGUGUUCCACAUGAGCCGGAGACACCUUCGCCUGGUAUCGGGGACAGCGACUUGCUGGGUCGCGAUCCAGAGGAGGACGAGGAUGAAGAGGAGGAGAAAGGGAUGCCCAGCCCCGCCACACCCACCAGUCACUGUGAGCGCUCUGAGAGCCCCUGUGCUGGUCUCCUUGGGGAGGAUGGGCCACUUGUGGAGCCCCUCGACCUGCCUGACAUUACCCUGCUGCAGCUGGAGGGCGAGGUCUCUCUGUGAGGGAGGACCCCACGGGGGCACCAACUACCUGGGCUUUGAGUUUCUAAGUGCUUAAUGCGAGGGGACUGAACAGUGCAGUGCAGUGUGCUUCACUCCAAACGUGAUUCUUAUAGGUCAGGGAGAGAGACUCCCUCACGUAAGGAUUUGUAGGGUGAAGGACUUUGGAAGCCUCGCGAAACCUUCCAAGCAAACAUCAUAGCAAAACUGCGGAAAGGUGAGGUUCCCGGAGAGGAAGUGCCCAUCUCCGGGAUUCCCAGCCAUCCACUUACUUUGCCCUUUCCCCUCUUCCCAGGAAACAGAAGGACCAUUUAAUUAUGUAAAUAAAAUUCUGCUUUUUCUAUUCUGAAAAAGGACUCAUCUAGGACUUUGGCAAAAAAUCUCUAUUUACCUAGAAAUUAAGGAAUUGGGGUAUGUUCUGUUCUGGCAACAGGAAAUUCACCCUUUUGCUGAAAUCUAGAUACACAGUGCUCUGCA